AUGAAGAUACAGUGCAACGUCUGCGAGGCGGCGGAGGCGAAGGUGUUGUGUUGCGCCGACGAGGCGGCGCUGUGCUUGGCGUGCGACGAGAAGGUCCACGCGGCCAACAAGCUGGCGGGGAAGCACCAGAGGGUGCCCCUCACGGCCGCCGCCUCCUCCCAGGUCCCCAAGUGCGACAUCUGCCAGGUCUGUGCUUUGACGCUUGCUUCUCUAUUGCUCACCAACUCGUCCCACCCGGUCGCUUUGGGAGUAUAAGUCUUGGGUUGGAGUUAAAUAUAUAGUUUCCAGAUUGAUUUGAUGUUUUUUUCUCCAGAUUGAUUGGGGAACAACUGGGGAAUAAGUUUACUCGCGAUUACAUACCAUCUUUUCUUCAUAUUUUUUUCGUGAUUGGAUGAAGACGGGCAAUUUUUAGAAGCGGAUAGCGUUUUUUUCGUAUCUCCAAGUCAACCCUUUCAUAGGCUUUCAACGUUCAAAGUCACGUCGAGGAAGCAAACAACGAACACAGAGCAGGGAACCCUUUGUUUUCAUCUUUUAGUGGUUUAUGAGUCUGGGUUAUUGUUAUGGAAAUGAUCUAUUAGCGGGUUCUGAGAUUGGUUUAAUGAAUUUGGGAGCCUUGGUUCAAAUUUGAUUUAAGUUGGAUUGUUAUACUUCGAUUUUUGGGAAGAGGAAGCUAGUGAACCAUAUUUUUGGAUCUAACUGGGGCCUCUGAGAGUGGAUAUUAUCCUCUAGUGUAAUCGCAGAUCGGUUGACCAAAUCUCAUUCUCACAUGGGUUGGGGGGAUUUGGCAUCCUCUAUUAGGACUUUGUAGAAAGUUCACCCAUUUUUGAUUCAUCAUCUCAUCCCCAUUCAGGAGCUGCAAUUUACGUGUUGGUUAAAUUCUUACAUUUGUUUGAAAGUUACCAAAAAUUAGGCAUAUCUAAAAGAUUGAUACUUGAUUUGGUAUGGCAGUGGGUGCGUGAAAGACAUAUCUAAAACCUGGAUUAUAUUCAAUAUCCUAAUUUUCCAGCCAGAAAUGUCCAGCUUUCCAAAGAUCAUGAGCAAAUGAGCUAUCUUUAUGAAAAUAUUUAUUUAUGGUAUGAGGCUCAGCAUGCGCCCCCAUGGUCUUGAGUGCAGUAUAAUGAAAUUUACUCAUCUUAUCAUGAUUUGGCGCUUAUGUUUACUCAGAUCUUGUUGUGUAAUUCCAGGAAGCCGCAGGCUACUUCUUUUGUCUGGAGGAUCGAGCCCUGCUAUGCCAGGAAUGCGACAUCUCCAUACACAGCAUGAACCUCCAUGUGUCGGCCCAUCGAAGAUUCCUGCUUACAGGGGUGAGAGUGGGCACCGAACCUGCUGAGUCGACUCUAUCCUUUGCUGAGCAGCAGCGGAGUCCAUUGGUGGUUAAAUCCCUACCGAAGAGAAGCUCAUCCACAACAUAUUCUGGUGAAAACAAGGAAACGGUUCCCAGUCAAGUGGGCUGGGCAGGAAGUCAAGCAGACAACAGAGCUCCAUCAACUGGCACCCUUCUGACUGGGGGCAUCACCGACUGGCAAUUCGACGAGUUCUUUGGAGCUGAUUAUGGCCACAAUUAUGGGUUCACAGUUAAUGAAUCUUCCAAGGUACGAAGUGGACCGUCAUCGGUCAUUCUCUUUCUCCCUCUAAUUUGGAAAUCAAUUAUGGAAAACUAUUUGAUGCCCAGGAUAGAUGUUCUUUCUUUAAAAUCCACGGACCUUUUCUUAGCUACUUGA